GAUUAUUGUCUUGCGUCUAUUUUUUUUUGUAAGAUCCCUCUUAUCAUGUUAUUCAAUGACAAUUCGGGAUUUAAACUCGGAGAAGAGCUGUUAUUUAAAUUAACAAGUGAGUCGCCUGAGAUACGGAUGCGCACUCUAGAGCAGGUUGAGCGAGGGUUUAUUCGAUGCAUUCGACUUAAAGAAACUUUAAAUUUUAAGCCCCAGCUGCUGUUUAAACAACUAAUACGUUGGUUUGGAUACACUCCUUUAAUAGCUGUGGAUAGAGUUUUGACAUUAUUGUUGGAAUUAUUGCGCUCUGAGUAUGGUAACGUGGUGGUCAAAAAGAUCACAUACGAAAGAUUGUGCAUUGAGCUGGAGAAGGUAAUGAAGAUUUUAUAUUCAAUCGGCGCUAAACAAGGCAUAGAUUUAAUGAAGGAGCUACAAAAUCUGGUGAUAAAAAUUUACAACAGCCAGCUUUGUUUCACCGAUACUGAAACAACGGAAUCGACGAAAACAAUGUCCAAUAGUGAUAGUGUUAAUGACGCCAAUUUGGAGUUUGAUUUUUAUGAUCAGAUUUCUGAUGUAGACUACGAAUGUGCGUGGACGCGUGCUAGUCUGGAUGAUCUUGCAACUAUGAAAAUUUUAUUGGAAUCUUUGAAAAUCGAAAAUAUAACUGAAACAGAGUUGGAGCUCCAUCUCAUCCAAGUGCAGGUAAAAAUUCAAGAUUAUCCUGCGGAGUUCUUUCUGCAAAGUCCCCAACUCUUUCUGGAACUGCUGCAGGUUCAGAAAAAAGCCUGGAAAAAUAAUACCAGUCUCCUGCAGGCGAAUAGGGCUUUGCUCGCGUUUGUAAAACAAUUGCGAAAUCGAAUCUUGAUUCGUCAAAACAUUCUAUGCUAUGUACCUAUUCUAGAUUCACCAAAUACUAAACCUAGGCAGCUGCGUGUACCAAUUGCAUUGGGUUUGUUACUGAACAGCUGCCUUGAAAUAUUGUCAUCGAUGCUAUUCACGCCCUCCAAUCACAAUUGGCUACUUCUUGAGCUUUUAUUGGAGGUAAUUCAAAUAUUUAAUAUCCUUAAUACUCCCGUAGCUCUAGCCUGCACUGAAAUCCUUAGCUUAAUGGCCAAGCGGCUUAUUGCCUAUUGCCACGGCCUAGAGAAUAGUGACAUGUCUCAGUUGGUAGAUAAUCUAACGAUGCCCCGCCUUCAGUCUCUUAUAUUGAAUGGACUUUUGCAGGAUGCGGUAGCACUCAAUAUCACACAUGGCAAUGGGAUCGAUCGGACAAAUGCUAGAUAUCUUAUUCAACCCAUUUUAAUGGACAGUUCGUAUCUGUCUUGCGUCCCUAAUCGGAGAAAAACGUUGAGUAAUCUAAUUUCUGCUCUAGGUAGCGAAUUUAAUUUGGAGCAGGAACAGUUGUUGCAACUUAAACAGGCCUACAGUUUGGCUCUCUCACAAUUACAGGACCAACCAAAGUUAACAGGAUCGCAGCUGCUGCAGGUUCAAAGUCAAUUAUGUCUUGUCAUUACACAAAUGGGGAGUGAAGCGCUCGUGAAGCAGCUAUUUCAAUCAAUUAUUGACUCUACACCACUCUUCGAGUCAAACAAAUUGUUGCGUAAGGAGGCGGAAUCACUACUUUCCACACUGCUUGACUUGCAUGACGAUCACUUAAAAAGCACUGUGUUUAGUCUAGUGGCUCAUUCAGCGGUGCAGCAUUUCCAUGCUAUUGUAAAUAAAUCGAAAUACUUACCUGGAUGUAACAAUUUGGAUCUGAUACGCCAGCAUAUUCUCGGACUUCCUUUAAACUCGGUGUUGUUACGCAAACUCCUGUUUUACAGUUGGACACCUACGUCAUCGGAUAAGAUAAAGCAGUGGUGCACCGAUUACCUGACCAUGUUGCUGAAGCUAUGUAAUGUUAUUAAUAAGCAGGACUUUGAAAUAGUGUGUCACCUAACGACUCCGGAGUUGCCACUGAUGGUCUGCCGGUCCACUAACCAAACUCAGCUACAUAACGUAUUAUGGCAUAUAUUUGAACCAGAUUCCACAUACCUGGAACCAUUGCAGAUGUUGAGGGGCAAUCUGUGCUACAUGUUUAAUCCCAAUCUACAACUGAGAAAAGAGGCCACAAUUAGAAUUAUGUAUACUUUGCGAUGCCAAGAUUACGUGCAUGACGCGUUAUUUAUUAAUAAUUUGUCGCCAGACUUUUUUGGCCCGGAUUUAUGUGUGGUCCAGCAGCCUAUGGCUUAUGACAAUAUUUUUACAGAGUCGUUGGCGGAUCCCUUGCAAGGAAAGUGUAGUGUUAAAGCUUUGGUACGCCUUCUUCAGACUGCGGACCUACGUGCAUCCAUUAGACGCUCGACAUUUGUUCAGUUAAAUGUCUUACUGCAAAACUGGGAGGCGGUCGAUGAAUUUGUCAAUCAUGACGAAUCAUAUCGGCCCGUUUUGGAUGCGCUUCGUAGCCCCCUAAAGAGAGACAACCAUAAUAAUUGCUUAGAAAUCGUGUUACCAGCGGUAAGCAUUUUUAUGAAAUUACUCUGUCAUAGUGCUGAUUUUCGUAGUGAGAUGUCUAAAAUUUGUGAGGUAUAUGUCUGCCUGUUGCGUGUGCUUUUAUUAUCACAUAGCUCCGGAUCUGAGCUGCCCAGAGAGGUCAGUGCAUGUUUGUUCCUACUAUUGUUUCACGUACACAUCACCACUAACCGGUCUACUAUGGUACUGAACGCCGAUUUGGGUGACAUGCUUAUACCAAUAAUGUGUGAAUUAAAUGCUGCAAUGCCUUUAUCAACAGCUGAUGAGGGCUUAUGUUUGGAAAAAAAACUGAUUGAUAGACGUUUUGCCGGUAACGCGGAUCUAGCUGCACAACAUUGGCGUUUACACAUUGCCCACAACGUUUGCCAAACCCCAGCAAACAUCACCCUGACGCUUGUUGAAAAUCUUAAUAUCCGGGACACGCUAAAGCUUAAAAUGGAAGAUCUAGCUUUGGUUCAGGCUACUCAAACUGAUGUGCAGCUACAACGGCAGCUUUUAAAAGCUAGCAAUUGCAGCGACGGUCAUUCGCUAGAACAAAUUGUUGACAAUCUUCAGACAAUGCUCGUUUUAUUGCGCACAUCGACUUUUAAUGAUAAGACUAAAAAUUUUUGGGUGCUGAUACAUAAGUACAUAGGAUUAGUUCCGGGAACUUCGGUAGAUCGCCGUCUGUACAUAUCAUUUUUGCAACUUUGUCUGAGUUGUUUGGAUCAGAGAAAUAAAGAGGUUUUAAAUGGUAUAACCGAAGCCAUCUGCAACAAUCCCCAUCACACACUCACGAUGUUAUUGCAGGAUCGUGGAGUUGGAUUAGACAUGAUGUAUUUGAUUUGUCAGUGUUUGGUCAAUGUGAUAGAGGCAAAAUGUAUCAUUGACAAUUCUAAAACAGUCUCAAAUCACAAUGCCCAGCAAUUGUAUUGCCAAUAUUUUAGACAGUUGAGCGCCCUGGCCAGACAGCACUUUGAGUUGCGUCAACUGGAGCAUGUACGCUGCCUAUUGGGGGUGUUGCGAACUUUGAGUGACAACACUUUGAGCCUGAGUGUGACUGAAGUGAAGUCCUAUGCUCAGCACUUCAUCCAGUUGUCCAGCGAUUUGCGUACAUCUACUCAAACGGGAUCCCAAUGGCAGCGGGAUUGCCUGUACAUACUCGCUAAAAUUCAGACUCGCGAUUUGCCCCUGGAAAAAGUUUUGCGGUAUUUGCUUAGUCUGUGCGGGCACAGCGAUGGGGAAGUGCGUGCCUUAGCAUGGGUUUCGUUGGCUAAUUGUCUGUCAAAUGUAUCUAACCAGGAAAUAGCAGACAUAUUGAACCGUUUGGACUUUCUUCCCGGAGGCCUACCUGCAUGCUGCCUUACCACUUUGUUGGAUGUCCACGAAUUGAUGUUGGUUCGCGCCUUAGCUGGUCGUGUCUUUAUAGAAUUAAUUCCACUUAAUGGACCAGAUGCGACGAUUGAAUUGAUGCAUAGACACGAUUUCAUUAGUGAUACUCUAUCAGCUUUGAAAAAUAUGUAUAUUAAUUCUACUGUGACUGUUAAUGACAAUUUGGUAGGGCAACAAAAUUCCUGUGAAGUUAUCAGCUGCUACAUAGACAUUUGCUUGCGUCUAGUUAAACUUCUACCCUUUUGGGCUGCCAAUUUAUGUAAACAUGGGUUUGUCAAUGCUCUAAGUGAAGUUCUGAAGAUGCAAAAUUCAACCAAGACUUUGUCAAAGGCUUAUAUUGAACUAUGUUCCGUACAAAUUUGUGAGUUUUAUGCAUUGAUGUAUGUGGAUAACUUUAGACAUCUUCAAAAAACCGUGUGUCAAGAUCCCGUGUUCAUGGAAUUUUACAUACGCUUGUACAACAAAGUGCUGAAUUUGGAAUGUCCUGAUCGUAUGUUAGUACACUUAAUGAAACUAUUUUUGGUCAUGUGUAAGGAUGAUAAUGCCUAUUUGUUUUUAUUCGAGCAGUUGAAAAAACAACAACAACUGAGACUUGAUAUAUUUCUCUAUGGAUUGCAUUUGUCAUAUUGUACGCACCCAGUACAACGUUACACACUGACAGUGAUUUCAAUGGUAUUCUCAAAAGUUCAAAGUGGGUCACAGCAGAUUAAUUUCGUGACUGAAUUGGAGAACUAUGUUCUGCCUCUGACUGAAUUAUUGCCCAGCGAUGAUCAAAAGAUAGAGCUUGAAUUUGUUCGAGUUGAAAAUACGCAGAAUAGUGUUCAUAGUUUGAAUCGCCAACAGCAACAAAAGCAGCCAGAGCCCGAGCAAGAGACUCACAUAUCUGGAGUAAACUGCACCAAUGGUGCGGUGUUACUCUACUAUCGCCUGGAUCGUCUGUUCGAGCAUUUUUUUCCAGUGAAAACGUACAACUUCUUACAUCCGCCAAGUAUGGGGCACGUGCAAGUCUGCGAUGCUAUUGGUGGACUUUUAAAGCUGUCUCCCUGGGCAGUGCGUGCAGCUAAACAAUUGAAACUUUUAGAUCGCGUGUUUCAAUUGUUUGAAUCCUUCCUCAAUGAUAGCAAUAUUGGAAACGCCAGUAUCUAUGUAAGACGUGUAGGUGCUCACAAGUGCAGGGAUAUUCUAAGCAAUCUACUAGUGGUACUCAAUAUGAUGGCCAAAUGGCAUAGUUCGUUGUAUGCGGUGAUCACAGAACCUACCGUGGCUAAUAACGCUGUACGCUUACUGAUUAGAAUUUGGCCAUGGCUUUCACACUCAGCACUUCUUAAGCAAAUGACUGUUCAAUUGGCCAUGUUCUUCACGGAGCACUCCUUAGAAAUGUGCAAGCAAACAUCGUUAGUGUUGCCUGGGCAGUCGCAUUCCCUACUUCAACUAAUUGUGCGAGUGGCUCACUAUGAAACUACACGCAAUAACGCACCUGAAAAGGAGGACAAUACAACACCUAACCCGAAUUUACUGCAACCAUUGCGAGUCAUGAUGAAUUGCUGCUCCUGUACGGAAGGACGCCUUGCUUUGUCUAAAAUGCAUGUACUGGAUAUGUUCGAUACGAUUUUGCCAGCUACCUACACUCCAAAUUUAAGGAAAAUCCGGCCUCAUGUUGUGACAUCCUGGCUAGACUUUUGGGAGUGUUAUUCUCGUUAUGAAAUUGGAGCCAAGCCGUGUCAUUUGCACGGACUACUCAAUACUGUGCGUCAUUUACCUCCGAUGCAUCCACAAAGAUUGCUCUGCUUGAGAAUUUUCCGUAAUAUGUGCUUUUUAAGCGGCAAUCAAGCUCAUUUCGUCAACUUUGCUGAAUUUCUGAAUCUGCUUCGUGACAUUAUAGCGCAAUGCGCAGAAAUCAAUGUGGUUGUAGAUGCCAAUACUUACGGUUCUUUUGAGGAAGAACGACUGGUUGUGCUAAUGUUGUGGAAACUAUUUUGUUUUGGAGCAAAAUACAAAGCCAUGCUAAGGGGGACUAAGCUAUUAAAGCAACUCAUACAUCUUAGAAAUCAUUUGGAUAAAACGAGAAUAGAUUUUCCGGACAAAGUGCAAAACAUUCCCUACGCUGAAAGUCUUAGAUACCUUUUAGAAAAUCUGUUUGAGUCCCUUUAACAAUAGGCAAAGCAAACGAUAUUUUCACGUACAUAUGUAAAAUUUAAAACAAUCAAAGUAAAUGAUUA